UCAGUUUGCUUUUCGUACGAGUAAUAAAUUAAUAACGCCAAAAAAACGAACCUCAAUCGUUGCAAAUUUGCUCUAAUGCGAAGUACUUCGAGAUUUUCUCAACUCUACCAAGCCACAGAUAUUGGACUAGUAUUGGUUUUAGAUUUUUGCGUAUAAAAACACUUUCGGGGGUAGUCACAUUCUGACUGUUGCUACUCGAUGAUCACUGUACUCUGUUUGUGAGUCGUGAGUAAAUUCAUCGAAAAAAAACAGCUUGAAAUGAAUAAGUUAACAGUGUGAAAUUCCAUUUCCGAGCGACUAAACAUGGCCGAGGAACUGCAGCGAGUCGAUUCUAAUCUCAAGCCGAGCGAACUGAAGGCGGCAUUCAAGCGAAGCCGAGAUAUCGAUGCUCUGUUGGACGAGGAAAGAGAAUUGAAAGAGAAAGAAGUGCAGCUGUUGAUUUUGGGAUCGGGUUGUUCUGGGAAAACAACUUUUCUCAAACAGCUGCAAAUUCUAUACGGUGAAGGUUACACGGAAAAAGAACGGAGAGAGUUCAAGCCGGUUAUAUACGGAAAUGUCCGAAGAGCAAUGAUCCGAAUUCUCGAAGCAAUGGAAGAAAUAGGGCUCACUUUUGAAAUCGAAGAGUUAAACACCAAGGAUCUCCAUCAGGAGCUACUUGAGCAUGCCGACUCAGAAGACAGUGAAAAUAACAACUUUUCGCUCACAGACAGAGUUCUGCUGUUGACAAAAUUCUGGAACGACUCCUCAGUAAAGACGUGCUUUGAUCAAAGAAAUUUGUUUUACAUCGACGAUUCCGCUAAAUAGAGGUCCAGACCCUGAGAAAGGUCUCAAUUACAUCCGGGAGUUAUUUUUGUCAAAGAAACCCGCUGACAAGGACAUGUAUUUGCACGUGACGUGCGCUACAGACACUGACCUAAUGAAAGCGGUGUUGAAAGAUGUGUUUGAAAUUUUAGUCGACAUAAACCUAAAGAAACUCUCCACACUUUAACUAAGAGGUAGUUUGAAAAGGCAGGCUUCGAUGUGUGAAAUCUGUCGCCAACUGUAGACCCAAUCUUAGUCACUUUAGAGUAAAUGUAACGUUUCUUAAUAGCAGACCUUUCCAUUUUUAAAAUCCGCUAAUUACCAGAAUUUUCUUCCCCCCCAAAUCAGCGAAAAUGUGCGACGGCGAGGCUAACCAUCAACUUGAACUAAAGUAAACUUAUUUUGAAAUAACUGUGAAAAGUCAGAUUGCAACAGACAAGUUCCUGCUUAUGGAAAACGGACCAAAACUAAUACAACUGCUCCUCGUAAAAAGGAUAGCUAACAUUCGCUCAAGAUCAGAAUUGCUUGUGAUUUGAAACGUUUUAUAAAAGUUAUGAUUAAAUUAAGGUUUAAAUCUUUCUUGAAA